UUGUUUGGGGGAUAUAGCCUAACCUGGUAAACUAAGCUAACAAUCUGAGGAGUUUCUACGAAACGGGAUAUUAAGCGGCUUCUAACAUUCUUUGGCCUUGAACACAUGCAUUUAUUGCACAAGUUUUACGAAUGACACAGUGAAGUAAACUUCCGUGUGACUUAAUAGAGGCACAAAAGACCAAGCUCCUGACAGUCUCGACGUCGCCAAGAUUUAUGGAAAAGACUGCUAAUUCUAGCUCUGAGGAAUUAGCUGUAUUGAGUUGGCUGUUGGUGUUGAUUUUCUCUAGAUAAAUAGUGCUCGCGCGAGUCCGUGUAGAAGUUGUCACAGCUGGACAGAUGUCAGGCUAGAAAUGUAUCAAUGGAACUAACGCGAGUAAAUUGCCAUUUGAACACGUCGUGAUUGGAUCAUCCCAGAUUUAACGACGGGACUGAAAAAGCCAACUGUGCUAGUUCUAGUCAAUUCUCAGCUUUGACUUGGGAGCUCUGUCGAUGGAAAAGAUGGAUAUCUGUUGAAAAGGUCUGGCGAAAUAUAAACAUGAACUCCUCUGACAACGAUUCCUUCCGACCUGGGAUUUUAAGUCGUUUCGGUAUUUGCAAAUGCAUGACAUCAAUUUUGUGGUCGCCGCGGUACGUAACUUGCAUGAGAAGUUGAAAGAAUUCGUACGUCCUGAAAAUCUUCCCCAUGCUCCGGAGAACUAAAAAGCCAAAGCUAGCCAUUAAGGACUCAAGAAGUACAUUUGUGACAAACAGAUUUUCUAUUUAAAACGUCCAGCAACUUGGAAGAGUCGAAAUAAAUGAAACACACUCCAGCUAUGGACUCCUCACUGAAACUGGCUCUGAGGAAGCCUCCAUCACGGCGAACUGCAGAAGAUCUGAACAAUAUCUACUGCCAUCUCUACCACAUGGAUGUGCUUUCACACCUGAGGGAGCACCAGCUAAGGUCCAUGUGCACCACAGCUCGCUACGAGCGCUACGAUGCCAACCACAUCCUCUUCUAUCCGGACCACAUCUCUACGUGCUGGUACAUCCUCCUGUCUGGCUCUGUGUUCGUGAAGGAGCACAUGUACUUGGCACGAUGCUGCUUCGGGAAGCAGCUGGGAGGACGACGAGGCUGUGAAUGUAUCACCUUGGAGCCGUCCGAAAUGAUUGUGGUGGAGAACGGCAGCGAGGGCGAGGACUCGGCGCUGCAGAGGGACGGCUCUCAGAGGAGCUCGCGGCGGAGGUUUCGACGAGUCAACCCCCGCGGCGAACGGGAGAUCAUCACCGACGGGCCAAACACCCGGACAGCCACGGAUUAUGCUGAUCAUCAGCUUCCUGGAGACCUCAACAAAAUGCACCUCACAGACCACCCCCACCAGCAGAUGAUGCACAUGGCUCCCAGCCAAUCAGGAUGCAGCAUUGCCAGCGACUCUGGCAGCAGCAGCCUAUCGGAUAUCUACCAGGCUACAGAGAGCGAGAUUGGAGACGUGGACCUAUCGGGGCUGCCCGAGGCCCCCGUGGACUCGGAGGAAGAGGAGGAGGAAGACGAGGACCUGGAACGCGCCACGGACCCGCUGCUGGGCCGAGACCUGGUGCGGGAGUGUCUGGAGAAGGACCCAGCCGACCGCACUGACGACGACAUCGAGCAGCUCCUGGAGUUCAUGCACCAGUUGCCGGCGUUUGCCAACAUGACCAUGUCAGUGCGGCGGGAGCUGUGCACCGUCAUGGUGUUCGAGGUGGUGGAGCAGGCCGCCACCGUCAUCCUGCACGACAAACAGGAGCUGGACCUGUGGUACGUGAUCGUCAACGGUUCGGUGGAGAUCAGCCACCAGGACGGCCGGGCCGAGAUGCUGUGCAUGGGCAACAGCUUCGGCAUCUCCCCGUCGCUGGACAAGCAGUACAUGAGCGGCAUGGUCCGCACCAAAGGAGACGACUGCCAGUUUGUGUGCAUCGCCCAAGAGGACUACUGGCGCAUCCUCAACCACGUGGAGAAGAACACGCACAAGGUGGAGGAGGAGGGCGAGAUCGUCAUGGUGAAGGAGCACCGCGAGCUGGACCGCAGCGGCACGCGCAAGGGACACAUCGUCAUCAAGGGCACGCCGGAGCGUCUGAUCCUGCACUUGGUGGAGGAGCCGUCGGUGGUGGACCCCACCUACAUCGAGGACUUCCUCCUCACCUACCGCACCUUCCUCUCCAGCCCCAUGGAGGUCGGACGCAAGCUGCUCGAGUGGUUCAACAUGGACAACUUCAGAGACACGGUCACGAGAAUAGUGCUGUUGUGGGUGAACAACCAUUUCAACGACUUCGAGGGCAACCCUGAGAUGACCCAGUUCCUGGAGGAGUUUGAGAGGCAUCUGGAAGUAUCGAAGAUGAAGGGCCACCUGCGCCUGCUGAACAUCGCGUGCGCGGCGAAGGCCAAGUGGCGUCAGAUCACGCUGCAGAAGGCGUCUCGGGAGUCCCCGCUGCACUUCAGCAUGGUGGGCGGCAGCGAGCGCGGCUUCGGGAUCUUCGUGGAGGCCGUGGAGCCUGGCAGCAAGGCCGCCGAGGCCGGACUCAAGAGGGGAGACCAGAUAAUGGAGAUCAAUGGACAGAACUUUGAGAACAUCUCCUACACAAAGGCCAUGGACAUCUUGAGGAACAACACACACCUCUCCCUCACCGUCAAGACCAAUAUAUUUGUCUUUAAGGAGCUCCUGGGCCGCAUGAUCCACGAGAAGAAGAACGGCGGCCCACACAUCCCCAAGAUCCAGGAGAAGAAGGGCAACCGCUUCUCCAUUCCCGACCUGCCGGGCGACAUGGAGUUCCCCACCGAGAAGAGCCACAAGAAGUUGAAGGCCAACACCGUCUCCGGCGGACGCAACAAGAUCCGCAAGAUGCUGGAGAAGACACGCUUCAGCAUCCUGCCGCCCAAACCGUUCAGUGAUGGUGGCGUGGGCCAGUCCCAGGACGACAGCAUCGUGGGCACCAAGCAGGCGCGCCACAGCCUGGCCAUCAUGCCCAUCCCUGGCAGCCUGUCCUCCUCCAGCCCCGACCUGCUGCAGCCCGCCACCAGCGUACUCGACUUCUCCAACCCCACAGCUGUGGGGUUCUACUACAUUCCAGACCAGGUGAUCCGUGUGUUCAAGGCAGACCAGCAGAGCUGCUACAUCAUCAUCAGCAAGGACACCACGGCCAAAGACGUCGUGUCGCACGUGGUCAACGAGUUCGGCCUGCUGGCGGCGUCUGACACCUAUUCGCUGUGCGAGGUGUCCGUCAGCCCGGAGGGCGUCAUCAAGCAGCGCAGGCUCCCCGACCAGCUCUCCAAACUGGCCGACCGCAUCCAGCUCAACGGCAGGUAUUACCUGAAGAGCAACAUGGAGACGGAGACGCUGUGCAGUGACGAGGACGCCCAGGACCUGCUGCGCGAGAGCCAGAUCAGCCUGCUGCAGCUCAGCACCAUGGAGCUGGCCGCCCAGCUCUCCAUGCGCGACUUCGACCUCUUCCGCAACAUCGAGUCAACCGAGUACGUGGAGGACCUCUUCAAGCUCGACGGCUCUAAAGGUCGCAGUCACAAACACAAACACGGACAUAGUAAUAGUCACGGACACGGUCAGGGUGACGCGGACGGUAACAUCACCGCUGGCAGCCACCUGAAGCAGUUUGAGGAGAUCAUCAACCAGGAGACGUUCUGGGUGGCCACGGAGAUCCUGCGCGAGGCCAACACCAUGAAGCGCAUGAAGACCAUCAAGCUGUUCAUCAAGAUCGCGCUGCACUGCCGCGAGUGCAAGAACUUCAACAGCAUGUUCGCCAUCAUCAGUGGUCUGAACCUGGCGCCGGUGGCUCGUCUGCGCAGCUCGUGGGAGAAGCUGCCCAGCAAGUACGAGAAGCUGUUCCGGGACCUGCAGGACAUCUUCGACCCCUCGCGCAACAUGGCCAAGUACCGCAACGUGCUGAGCAGCCAGAGCAUGCAGCCGCCCAUCAUCCCCCUCUUCCCCGUCGUCAAGAAGGACCUCACCUUCCUGCACGAGGGAAACGACUCGAGUGUGGACGGCCUGGUGAACUUCGAGAAGCUGCGCAUGAUCGCCAAGGAGAUCCGCCACGUGGUGCGCAUGACCUCCGCCAACAUGGACCCCGCACUCAUGUUCCGACAGAGGAAGAAGAGGUGGAAGAGUCUGGGGUCCCUGAGCCAGGGCAGCACCAACUCCACGGUGUUGGACCUGCAGGCGGGCCACAAGAAGCGCGUGCGGCGCAGCUCUCUGCUGAACGCCAAGAAGCUGUACGAGGACGCCCAGAUGGCCCGCAAGGUCAAGCAGUACCUGGCCAACCUGCACGUGGAAACGGACGAGGACAAGUUCCACAUCAUGUCCCUGCAGUGCGAGCCCGCAUACAGCACAUUGUCUAAGAAUCUGAGUGAGAGGAGGUCCACUAAGUCGGACAUGUCUCCCGUGUCUCUGCGCUCAGCCUUGCCCUCUGGGAAGUCCCAGAACCGCGUCUCGCAGGUGCUGCAGGUGCCGCCCGUCAGCCUGUACCCGCUGCGCAAGAAGAGCCUGGCCAAGGACCUGGCACACUGCUCUCCCCAGGUGCAGAAGAAGCCGUCCAAUGCCAGUGAGGAGUCGUGGAGUGGGAAGAGGGCGGAAGACAGCAUCUCCACGGCCUCCUCUCUACACUCCAGCCCCACCGUCUCACCACAGGGCUCCCCACGGAAAGGUUACGCGUUGAUGCCAGCGGGCAAGAUGGACCUGUCGGACUCGAGCCACAGUGAGAUCUCGUCGCGUUCCAGCAUCGUGAGCAACUGCUCAGUGGACUCCAUGCCCACGGCCGCCCCGGAGGAGCGCAACAACAGCCACAGCAGCAGCAGCAGCAGCACAGCCCCCAGGCCUGCCAGCCAACCGGAGCCCAGCACACACACACACGACUGCAGCCAGCCUAGCACAAGUUCGUCCGGCUCGCGGCCCUCGGUGGCGCGCGCGUCCACCUUCACCUCCUCCCUGAGCACGGACGAGCUGACGCCUGACCACGUGUCGGUGGAGGCGGCGGACAGCGGGCGCGGCAGCUGGACUUCUUGCUCCAGCAGCUCGCACGACAACUUCCAGAGCUGCCUGCCGGCCCAGCGCGCCAUGGACCUGGGCCCCUACCGCCACUCGCAGCUGGGCGGCCCCAUCGCCGAGGUAGAGGCCGGGCCCUCCUCCUGGACCGAACACUGCACUAGCACUAGCCUAGCGUCCGCUAGCAACAACAACGCCACCAGCACCAGCAGCUGCAGCAGCAACAGCAGCUCCUCCACGGCGACUAACCGGCACUCCAGGGACAGCUCGGAGCUCAACACGUCCACGCGGCAGAGCUGGGCUUCCUCUAGCUCGCUAUCGGACACCUACGAGGGCAGCUACGGCACCAUCAAGCGCCGGGCGGCCGAGCAGUCGUCACAGGGAGACCUCUCCUCUCCCGUCGAUGGCCCCCAGGGCGCCGACACCACCUACAAGACCGUCACCUCAAGCACAGACAAAGGCCUGAUAGUGUACUGUGUAACGUCGCCCACCAAGGACGACAGGUUCAGGCUCCCGCCGCCCACCCCGCCAGGCUACCAGGGGCUGGCACUGGGCGAGGAGGCACAGGAGGGAGGAGGAGGAGGAGGAGGAGGAGUGCCCGCCGUGCCCUUGCCACACCCUCACCACCACCACCACCACCCACUACCACCGUCACAACACCAAGCACCACCACAGACACAAGCGCGGCCGCCCCACUUAAAGCCGCCCGACUAUAGCGUGGCCCUGCAGAGGUCUAAGCUGCUGCAGAGCCCGGCCAGGCUGGGCCCCCCGCCCCUCAGCCGGCCAGGCAGCACCGUGCCCCCGCUGGCUGAUAGUGAGGAUGACGAACAGGUCUCUGCAGUGUAGCUGCCACCGGACGACAGACAAGAGAGCAAGUGGAGGAGGACACGGGGAGGGAGGAGAAGGAAGAGAAAAAUGGAGAGAAGAGAGAGAAAAACGAAGGAAAGAGUGGUCUGAUAAGCUAGAGUAGCACUGUGGGUGCACUGUGGGGCCUCCCUCUCUUCAGGCAUCAGCACACACUCAUCUCACCUGCACCUCUACCUGCUCACCUCAACAACCUCACCUGUCCACACAAACACCUCCACAGCGAAAACACACACACACAGACGUACACAUAUACUUGUUUUACACCACUCAGAGACAUGGAAAGCUUAUGUGAGUGUCUGUGUGUGACUCACACUCCCUUCAGGCUUGAACUGAACAGAGUGGACGGAGUGUGAGCCUGUGUGUGUUUGUGGAAGAGCGUGGCGUCCCAUGCAGAGGAUGGAGAGGACAGUCCCAUGACGACGACAACAACUCCUCCCCUUUUUAACUCAUCCGUCUUUAUAUUAGUACCUCUGUCGCACGUGACGACAUGCCGCGUUCGCCUCCCGGACUGACUGACCGACUGGAGUGAGGUGAAAUUCCGGCGCGUAUAUUCCGAAACGGAGACUCAAGAAGCACAUAAUGAGGAUCGCCAUGGUGACUCACAAGAUGGCGGUCGAAGCAGUUCACAGUUUCCUCUGACUUCCUGUUUAGCUGUGUUGCUAUGCUAUGCUAUGUUAUGCUAUAAGCUAUGCUGUUUAGUAUGCUUCCGUUCCAGCUCUUUUUAUAAUCAUAAGCUCUACGACAUCAUUGAGCAGAUCCUUAACUGUAUCAUAGUGUUGGCCAGGGGUAGGACAUUGCCAUAGAUUGCCACAGAUUUUUUUUUUCAUAUGAUGAUAUCAAUGACAUUUUGGGCCAUUAUAUGAUCAUAUUGCAAUUUUCUGAUUCAUUGAGUUGGGACUCAACAUCUACUGCAUAUUUUGUAUAUAGCAGGAUGCAAGAUGUUGAAUGACAUCUUGGGAUAUUGUGGACAUUAGAAGUGACAUCAUCAAAUUAUCAAAUCUUCAAAUGUUCAUUCAGUUCUGAGGAUAUAUCAUGAUAUGAAACUGUGUCCAUAUUCUCCCACUGUCUUGUUUACAUAGUACAUAACAAAAAAAAAAUGCAAUGGUCUACUGCCACAGCCUCCUUGGCUCCAUAUUCGUUUUCUUAAUUGGUUUUUAAUCAUAAGUCAUGCAGACUUUAAAAAUUGAACGUACCAUUUUUCAAGGUGCGCUUUUUUAAAUUUGUUAAAAAUUAGAAAGAAGGUCCAAAAUGAAUAUUUGGUCUCACGUUUAGCUUUGGAAGGAUGCAGUUCAUAUUUGAUGUAUCCUACAAAAGGCUUAGACCAUGACAUUCUGCUACAGGUCUGGCUGUGUCUAAAGUGAGGAACAGAGCACUCUUAAAGGGCAUGUGAAAGAGACGACCAUGCCGCAACGUUGAGAGAGAGAGAGAGAGAGACAGAGAGAGACAGAGACCGACAGUUGGAGGAAAACCUCUGCCACUUCAGAGUGUGCUGGCUUUCAUAGAGGAAUGUAUCAGUGGGUGGCAGGCAGGCACCCGGGGGUGGCAUGACUACUUGUCCCUGGUGUUGAGGAAAGUCUUUCCCCAUGGUGUCAUCAGCUGUGCGUGUGUGUGUGUGCGUGU